UAUAUCACAGACACUGUGAGCAAUGACUAGAUGAGAAAAAUCAAAAAUCAAAAUAUAUUAAACUGCAAACAAAUGAAAAAAACUAUUUAACCAUCAUAAACUGUUUCAGUCAAUAAUGGAUAGUAGACCAGCGGGGGAUACACCCAAAUUCGAAAUAUCGAGCGAUUUGACCAGUUGAUGAGAUGACAAUGGUCAGAAAUCGAACUUUCGGGAUGAGGACUUCACUUUGCGCGUGCCGUAUGUCCAGAGGCCAACAAAAAAAAAGAAAUGUGUCAGUGACAGCAUUGAAGACGCGGCAAAGGACACCAUGAUUCGUGUGAAACGCGAGAAAACCCUGGGUAGAAGCCAUUGACCCGUUAUCAUCGAACGGGGUGAUAAAACGAAAUCGGGCGAUGCAUGCUAAACACGUGAACAGCGGAAUGGAGCUGUGUUACAGAGCGCACGAGCCCGUCGAAUAUAAGCCGGCGAUUGAAGACCGAGAAGGCGAACGACAGUCAGUGAGAACGUGAUCUCGACGAUGGCCGCGUCACGAGGACAGUGUUUUCGAACGGGUGCACAGUGAAGGUUUCGGUCCGGCAUCGCACCAUGGAAAACGCCUGUAACGAACCACUGCCCUAUGCCACGAUCCCAUGCCGAUGCUCACGACUUUCAAAUCGAAAGCACUGGUUAUAUUUACUAUUAAAUAAAUGGCUAAGCAAGAAAAUAUUGAAAUAGAUAGGGAAGCAUUUCCUCGUAAUGAAUCUUUUAUUUUUCACAAAACACAAGAUAUUUUUGAGAAAAAAAAAUAUUUAACUGAGGUAAAAUCGGAAAUUCUUGAUGCAGAAAAAUAUAGAGAUAUGUUAAAAGAAUACCUCAAAUUAUCAGAAACGGUGACAUGCAACUCAAGUAAAAUUGGGCAAAUUACUACAAAUAUAACAAUGACAAAUAUGAAAAAAGUUUUAUUUGAAUUUUAUGAAAGCAAUUUUGAUUCAUUUUUACAAAAAGAAAAAAAAUUAAUUGAACUAAAGAAGCUAAUUGAAGACGAUAAUGAUUCAACUAUGUUAAAGGACCAAAAUAUGGAACUGAUAGAACUAAUAAAAGAGUUUGAAUCAUUGAAAGCCAAAAAUAUUCGGCUUAAUGAAAUUAUGUCAAUGAACAUUAAACAAAAAUGCAAAUGACUUAUAACUGGUUAUAUAAUUUUAUAUUUCUUUAUAUUUAUUGGGUUAAAAUUCUUAAUGAAAUUCUUGGUUAUAAUUCUAAUA